AUGCCGUCAAAAUACAAUUAUCAGCCUUGCCGAGAAUUUCAUGUCGUUGUUCUCGGUGCCGCUCAGUUUGUCCAUAAUGAAUGGAUUGAGAGCUAUGACCCUACGAUAGAAGAUUCCUACAGGACACAGAAGUCUGUCGAUGGCCGCCAAGUCGUCUUGGAGAUUCUCGACACAGCUGGCACGGAGCAAUUCGUUGCUAUGCGAGAUCUCUACAUGAAGACAGGCCAUGGCUUUCUUCUAGUGUUCAGCAUCUCGUCCAAGGCGUCUUUUGAGGAGCUCGAACAGCUCCGCGACGAUAUCAUUCGCGUCAAGGAUUCCGAGGACAUCCCGAUGGUGAUUGUCGGUAACAAGGCCGACCUGGAGGACCAACGGGUUGUCGACCGUGCUAAGGCAUUUGCUCUCUCUCAACGGUGGGGCGCGCCGUAUUAUGAGACGAGUGCCAGGACGAGGACGAACGUUGAUGAGGCGUUUAUUGACCUCUGCCGGCAAAUGCUACGCAAGGAUGACACUCAGGAGGACAUGCACGACAUCGGCGGCAUUCCUGGUGUGGAAGACUGGGGCGGCAAGAGGCGCCGCCGUAAGAGGAGAAGGGAGAAGUGCCCUAUCCUUUGA